AUGGCCAGUGACUGUGGCCCGACUCGAAAACAACCCUCUUCUCAAAAGGGACCAUCACCGCCCCGAGCGUGCGCACACAGACCGGUCGGAGGCGAGACCUGGUCUUUACAGGACACAGUUCAGCUCCUCUGUGGAUGCGUCCCCAGAUCGCAGGAUUUCCAAGAAAUCGAGCCUGUCCCUUGUGCACUUGGGAAUAAUUCCCCAAGACAGCACUUCGGGAUUCCGGGUUAUCCUGAGGCUGCCCGGGACUCUUCCAGCUCUCCAGCCCCAGGUCUCCUGACAUUGUGUUCCAGGCUGCGGGCUAAGCCAGACAGUGUUUGCCUCCCGUUCUUUCCACCGUGGGAAGCGAACGCCACCCCCACCCGCCUUUGCCUGCGAGUCUCCCUCGCUGGCAGAAGGGAAGCCGGCCCAGUCCCGGGAGGAAGAUGGCGCAGCGAAUUCGAAACAGAGGUGCAUCUGUUGGAUAAUAGUCAAGGCGUCUGUGUCGGUAACCAGGGGUCCAAGGUAACAGAAAGUUCUAUGGUGCUCCAAGUUGCAGAAACAAAAUCUCAAGCGGAGCUUGGAAAGCCUAUACCCUGCAAAGACAGAAUUUUAGAGUUGGAUCUUUGUCUCAUGGAUGCUCUUAGGAGACCCACCAACCACCAACUCCUGGUAUUGCAACUGGAACCCCUCGACCUGGGUGAAUGUACUCUUUUCAGCAACCAUAUCCUCCCUCCUCUUGCCAGGACUGCAUCCACGGACUCCUUUGCUCUCUGGCUUCUGGUUGGAUUUGACCAGGGAAAUAUAUCACAGGAGACAGAGGAAGGAGUGAGAUGAACACGGUACCUCAGAUGGAAAUGCAGAAAUCACCCGUCUUCUGCAUCGCUCACGCUGGGAGCUGUAGACCGGAGCUGUUCCUAUUCGGCCAUCUUGGCUCCUCCCCCAUCUGCCUACACUUUUAUAAACAGUUCCUUCAUUCAACUCUCCUCAAGUCACCCGGUUUGUGUAUGCCAUCUGUUCAAGUAAGUCAAUCACAGUACAUUGUUUUAAUCAUUGUCACUUUAAAACAUGUUUUAACAUCUGGUAGGAAAAAUACUCAAGAUUUCCACAACCUCCAAACAUGCUUUGCUAUUUAUUUAUUCUUAGGUUAGAACUACAUUGAAAUCUAAAAUAUAAUGCAUUAAAUUUUAAAAAUUAUAAUUAAACCUGAAAUUAGUUAAAAUGUUUUAUUUUCCCAACUGAGGACAUGAAAUGCUUCCCAUUUACUCAUGUUUCCUUCACAUUCUGCUUUGAAAGUUGACAAUCUUCUUAUACAGAUCUGCAUGUUUCCUGUUAUUCCUGGGUCUUAUAGAGGUUCAACAGUGUUUUGUCUAUUGUUAUUUUAUUUUACUCUGCUAUAAUUUCUAUCUAGCCAUAUCUGGUACCUACAUAAGCAGUUCAUUUUCAUAUUUUAAAAGUCCAGCCAUGUUACUAACUUGUGUGUUCAUUCAAACAGGUUACUGAUUCUCUUGGAUAUCCUGGAUAAUCGACUCUCUUUGAUGUCUUAGAUAGGCAAACAUGUCAUCUUCUACCAAUGAUAAUUUUACUUCUCCUUUGUAAUCACUGAAACUUUUAUGUCUCUUUCAUGUAUUACUGAAUGGUCUAAUUUCUUGAAAGGUUGUGAUAAUGGGCUUUUAGGACCUUGACUUGCAUCUGAUUUUAAUUGGAAUGUCUCUAAUUAUUCAACAUUAGUAUGCGGUUGGUUCUUGAUUUUAGAUAUUCUUUAUAAUGUUUAAAAAGUGUCUCUAUAAUUUCCAGUUCACUACACGUUGCUGUUAUAUGUGUUUUCAUUUCCCAUUAAUCUGGAAUGGGUAAUAAUUUCAUUAAAUGACUUCUCAUACUUUUUGAGAUUAUUAGAAAUGUUCCUUCUCUAAUACAUGAAGAUUUAUUAAAAUAAUACAACUAGUUUUAUAACAGUCUUUUAUUUCAGGAAUAAAACCUACACAGUCAUAGUAUACCAAUCUUUAAAUACAGUUCUGGAUCUUAAUUUCUUGGCAUUUCCUAAAGUUUUUCCCAUUUAUUUUCAAAAUUACAGAUGAGAUCUUUGUUCCUUCUGUGCUAUCAUCGUCACAUUUUGGUGAAAUAAAUUUGUGAACAUUUCUGUCUUUUCUCUGCUUUGAAACAACUUCAAUAACAUGAGAAUUAUUCCAUAACACCAUAAAAUAUUUAACAUUGCCUGUUCCUGGGGUCAUUCCAUGUUAUAGGUUUUCUACUGUGUUUUAAAUUACAGGUUUUAUUCAGGUUUUUCAUUCUUCUUGAAACAUGUUUGAUUGUUUAUGUUUUCAUUAAAAAAUUAGUUUUGAGAUAGUGAAAUGUAUUAAUAUAGAGGUUCCAUGACUUAUUCUCAAUUCAAAAAAAAUUAAAAACUGUAUUUUGAAUUUUUCAAUGCUACACUUUUUUGCAUAAAUGCAUUAGCUUAUAAUCCCUGUUUGCCCUUUCUUCCUACAAUUUUAUUUUAUUGUUAUUUCUACACAUUAAAAUUUCAUAAGGUUCAUCCUUAAUUAACUUAAUUCAUUUUGAUGUUUUCAAUAAUGAAAUUAUUCAUUAUUAUUCAUUUCCCUGUGUGUAUAGCUUUGGUCCCAUUCUCUACCUUCUCUUACAGUUUCUUUAUUUUUACUAGGUUUCUAAUAAACAUAUUGUGGCUUUAAUUUCCACUUAAACAUAGAAAUUGUUUAGACAGUGCUUUUAAAUAAUUUAUAAUUAGUGUAUCUUUGCUUUCAUUAUUAAAAGUGUUUUUCAAUUAUUGUUAUUAAUACCUAGUGUUACACUAUCGGUAUAAGAGAUAAUAACCUAUAUGAUUUCUUCUUGGUAAAGUUUAAUAAGAAUUUAUUUAUGACUUGCUAACACACCCUAAAUUAUUUUAACUGUUAUCACCUAUAAAUAUUAAAGGCAGGCCUUAACAUCUUGUCAUCUUGUGGGGGAGAGGGGUGCGGAUUAAGACACAUAUCAUUUUCAAGCCUAUUUGUUCUCUAUAUGUGGAAGGGAGGAAAAUACUCAAUCCAAGAGUGAUUCUUUUAUAACGCUAAUCCCAUCCUUCUCCAUCCCUCAUACCCACUCUAUAAGUACCCAUGUGCUGUGGCUGACUAGAGAUGAGUGGUGAAAUUUUACCUUAUCAGGCAAUGACAGAUGACUUUGUUUACAAACUUUGUCUCUUGUCCUCCCCAUUCCUAGCAGAGUUAGUAGGAUAGGUUUUCUGCUGCCAUUCUCUCCAGGUGGGUACACUAGGUGCUCUUUAGAUGUCAAUUAGAUCAAAUUGAAUAAUGGAUGAGAAAAUGUCAUGUUAACAGUUCAGUACUGCACUAAUAUGGAAAGGCAUUAUUUAAAACUGAAUUUGGUAACAAUAGUAUCUAACUUUGUAAAAAUUCUAAUAUAUUUUUCCAAAUGCUUGGUAAGCCUUUUAAUAAGAACAAUUAUUGCUUCUUACAAUUGUAUAUAUUUGGGGGGGGGGUCCAAAGUACUUGUUAAUCUAUUAUUUCAUGCAGCCAUUUUAAAUUAUGGUGGUCUGUAAGGAUUUGAGUCACUUGACAAAUGAAAUAUUAAGCAUCAGAUAGAUAAAAUAUUAAGUAAGUAAAUUCUGUGCUUAAUAUCACAAAGAUAACAGAAACAGUAAAAGAAGAUGAGCUCAAUAAUAAUUUCAAUAAUGAAAUUAUUCACUAUUAUUCAUUUCCCUGUGUGUAUAGCUUUGGUCUCAUUCUCUACCUUCUCUUACAGUUUUCAACUUUUGUAAUCACCCAUUUGAAAGAGCCCAGGUCCCACCCACAUUCCCAGGACAAUCUGAGCUGGUUGGAUUACGCAUCCCAUGCCCAGUCUAGCCCUAGCUGUUCCACAUUUUACUUUCUACAGGUCUCCCAUAUUUCACUGUAUGUAAUGUUGCUUCCUAUCUCCUCAGCUGGAAUAUGAGCUUCAUUGAUGAUGUCAGUUCUCCCUAGGUAUCUAGACUAGGGUUUCCUGAGAGAAGGAGCCCUGGGGAUGGGUAGAAUGAUUCACAGAGACAGACAUGGCAAGGAAUGAGUGUGUUGAUGGGAAGCCCGGUCAUCUAGGUGUAGACCCUUUGAAACCUUGCACAACCAUUCCUUAGACAAUGUAGGCCAAGGGUAUAUGGAGGGCAUUUCAACCUUUUCUGUCCAAAAAGCAACCCCCAAAUUAGUGGCAUCUAAACAUAAGCCUUUAUUUUUCACUUGUGAGUCAGAUGUGAGUGGCCCUGCUGAUCCAGCUAGGUUUGCUUCUCAUCACUGGUCAGCUGGGGUGAUAGCAAUUCGGCUUGCCUAGACAGCUGGUCUUCAAGCUGUGGGUCCAGCCAGUGUAGAUCUUCAGAUCUGCUCUAAGUGUCUAGUUCUUGGGUGCAAGAUGAAGUGAUUUAGCUACUUGGUGGAGAGCGGAGGAAGAUCUCAUGGCAGUGACGGAGGGGCAGGAAGGCCAGGCCCAUUGCACAUGCAUAUUUACAUCAUAUCUACCAACAGCCCGUUUGUGAAAACAAAUCACAUGGCCAAGCCUAUAGUCAGAGGGAAAUACACUGUCUUUUGUGGAGCAAACUACAAAUUUACACAGCAAAAGUCAUGGAUACAGGAAAGAGUGAAGGGUUCAAUAAUUCACUCUACCAACAGAAGGAUUUCAAGGCUCAGACCAAAAAACAGAUGCCAAGGACAUGUACAUCACACAGAUAUAUAACAUGUAAAAUAAUAAACUUAACUAUAA